AUCACUGUAAUGGUAUCGAGGAGAGUAUGUUACUUAUAUACAUCGAAUGUUUCGUUUAGUUCGGUUCUACGAUGUCGAAGAAGACAGUUCGUCCUAACUAUAAAUCGCUGAUAAACAAACUAUCGUAUCGUGACUCGAUUGUUAAUGAACUUGAAGGAAAUUUAAUAUGAUCCAUGUCAGAUGCUGUGAGGGCCGAGUUCGAUGUAAAAGAUCAAACGUGUGCCAAACAAAUUUUUCACUUCGCCGGGAAAGUGAUGCGAAAAGUGUCUUACGGACGAUGAACAGAAAGUGAUAUGUGGUGAAAAUUCUCGACGCGUGCUUUCUUCCAAAGCUGUACAUGUCAGCCGCCUAAAUAAGUAAAAAGAAAUGACUACGCACGAGGGAAGUUCGGUGGCGUGCGAGGAUGGCCCGGAUGUCACCGACGACGAGAAAGUACCACCGAGACGGAGCAAGGAUGAUGAUGGGGAACCGACGACAAGGUCGAAAUGCAAGCUGGAUGCUAGCGGCAGGCUGAACCUGAGGGAUAUUUUGGUGUCCUUCAACGGGCCGGUCAGCCAGGAACAGGCAUGGGCUUUGUGUUACCAAACGGCCAAAAGUCUGUCGCGUAUGCCGGGCAACAGUUUCUAUGAAAUCUCGGAGUUAUCGCAGAUCGUCCUUCACAAGGAUGGAGACGUGUGGCUUGGCGAUCUAAUCGAAUCAAAGCAACCCCCUGUUUCCGAGCAAAAGGCGAUAUUCUCAUUAGGCAUGAUGAUCUUUAAAGCGCUUGAUUUCGGCCUAGACGAGCAAGAGGAAAGGCCUUUAUCACCGGAUCUAGAGGGACUUAUAACGUUAAUGACUGGUUCAAACGAGGAGCGUCCGCAGGAAACGGACGACGAAGGCAUCGAGCGGGAUUCCAGCGAUGCCGAUGUAGAUGAAUUUUUGUCGCAAAAAAGUAACGACACAUACGAAGAAAGAAGGCUGUCUAUGUAUUCGUUGAGAAAUGUAAUGCAAUUAUGUACCAGGCACAUGCAGGCCAGCAUUGAGUCUGCCGAGGCUCAUUACAAAGCUGUAAUACGGGCAUUUGUAGCGGAAGCGUUGGAACUGUCGCAAUUUUUGGACAGAGUGGCGGCUGAGAAGCUGCAGGCGAGUCAGAGGGAAGCCGCCAGCAACGACGGAAAUAAUAAAAUAAACUCGAUGUCUGUCCAGAAUCUUGAUACAUUGGAUUUCAUUGAUUGGACUGACAUUAGGAUUUGGAGGGCUAUACAAGCACGAUUUUGGGUACAAGUUAUUCAAGAAUUGAGGAAAGGCGUGAAAUUGAAAAAGGUGGAAGCGAACCUCGGCUCAAAGAGUACAACGCGUGGACACGGUAAAGGGGCGGAGUUUGAGUUAACGCCGUAUGAGAUCUUGAUGAAUGAUAUUCGAGAAAGGAGGUACCGACUGCGGAAAACGCCAUCACCGUCGCCGCAUUUGCGAAAAGAUGCCCACGCCAUUAUUCUCGAGUUUAUACGGAGCAGACCACCUUUAAAAAAGGCCUCGGAGAGACAACUGCCGCCGUUGCAGAAGGAAUGGACUCUACGUGAGUUACUCAUGGAGAGCAUAAAAAAACCACCGAAUCUGAGACCAUCGCGCAACCGAUACGUUCCUAAGAACGAGCGAGCAUCCACAAAGAAUGUUAGCGGUGAGUCCCGCAUGAUAGUCCUGGGCGAAGUUCCACCGUCGCAGCCGGAGCAGGAACAGGAACCCGCGCAGGAUGUGGCGGCUCAGUGGUUGCAGACAGAGGGCGCUGCGGCCAAUACAGCGUCAACAACCACGGGGGGGAACAACGCAACCGCGGUUACUGUACCAGCCCCCGCGAGCCGAAGUCGAACGAAUGUACCACCGGUGCCGCAACCGAGACAGAGAAUCGGCAAGCCUGAGAUCAGGGUACCGGGAAUCAGGAAUCGUAAGUCGCGUAGAAGGCGCAUUACGGUCGCAGAUCAAACCCAAAGUAGUGCCGACAACAAAGGCAAUGUGUCAACUGCAAUACCAAAACCUGCUCGGAGGGAUCUGGAUGGUUCAAGUUCUACAACCAGCAGGCGAAAAGUAAUACCCGUGGAUUUUGAUUUGAAGCUUGACGCAGAGGAUGAUGAUGAUGAUGAAGACUACAAUGAAGAAUUUGCAGUUACGAGAUUUGAGGAAGAAGAUGAAGCACCGAAUUACUGGCACCUUAAAGAGAUGUUUGUGGAGAGAGGCAGUACUCAUAGCAGACAUAAAGAUAACAGAGACGACGACGAGGCAGGCUCUGCAAAUCCUUGGCGAAAAACGGGCGGACUCCGGUUGACAAGAAACGAGUAUCACCGAUUUUGUGAUACCCAAUUGGAAUCCUAUGAUCUUGCGACUCAGUGUCCAUCUAGAAGAGCAUCAGCUCGAAAACAUGCCGCCAGACGCAGUAUAGCCAUCACAGCAUUAACCGGCACAGCAUCUCUUCCUCAUUCAAGACCACAGAGUCGUCAGCACGUAGGCGUGACGGAGUCGACGUUAAGUCAAGGUCCCAGUCCUAAUAUCAGUCUGAACCCUAGUCCAAGUUUGAGUCCUCAGCCAAGAGCAAGACAACCACGUCGUUCUCAAACAAUCGCCGAAGGUACAAAAGACACACCGGAUCAAAACGAGGAGUGGCAAGAAGAUAAAGGACAGAAACCAACGUUAGGCGACAUGUUCCUGGACGAAAGGCUUUCGUUAACUCUCGAGGAAAUUGUGCACAUUCGCAGCGUACUUACCAAAGCUGAAUUGGAAUCUCUGCCUGUAGAAGGACGCGUAAAAGAGGACGUGGAAAAACGGCGGGUCUGUUUCCUUUGCCUGAAGACUAGAUUCGGACUGUUGGGCCCUUGGGGACAACGCUGUCGUUUGUGCGAGAGAACGGUGUGCGUGAAGUGUCACUCGAAAAUGCGUAUCCCAACGGAACAUUUUGCACAUGUGCCGGUGGUUUUAUUGUCACCUGGACUUCUUCUUUCUCCGUCGUCCUCCGAACCGGAUACCAGCAAGAGUUCUUGGUUAAGGGGUAACGGCGCAGCUGGCUCUGCGCCGGCAUCGCCAGCCUCGAGGCGUAAAGAUUCAUCCCUGAAAAGCGUGACACCUUCAUCCACGCCGAAUACGACGCCAGUUUUGAUACUCACACCGACCUCAACACCGCCGUCUCACGCUCGUAAGGAGCCGGAACAUCUGGAGAAAAGGAAUUACAGAGGCAGUGGCAGUCCAGCAAACGUGCCAUCGCCGAAGGCGUUCGCCGGUUUCGGCAGUCACGGUUCGGAGCAACGAUUGGUCGCGGAACGGUUGCGCGGAGUCUCCAUGGUCGUUUGUCAUGACUGUCGCAUAAUGGUGAUACAGAUAAUCAAGAGUUCAAGAACGACACGGGCUACAUUACGCAACAACGUCAUUUCGCGACUUACAUUGAACCUCUCGCCGGCGUACGUAUGAGAAUCCGCCCCUCGGAACCGGAUGUCCAAU